AUGCAGCGAACAUGUGAAGUUUCCUCUAAUAUACUACAAAACAAGAAGGGGACCAAAAGGCAACGUUUUUUCGUCUCGAAAACAUGGCUUUCGGUGAAGUUGUGUUUCAUCAUUCUCUUAUUCCAAGCCGUGACUUUCCCAGCCGCUGCUGCACAAAAUAUCACAGGCCUGCAGUUGCAUAUCCGUGAACAAGAUGUGGUGAUGGAUAAUGGGAUUCUCCAGGUGACGUUAUCAAAACCAGCGGGGAUGGUCACCGGAAUUCAAUAUAACGGCGUCGACAAUUUGCUUGAAAUUCUUAAUGAAGAUUCCAAUAGAGGGUAAGGCCUCUUCCUUCAAAUAAUGAAGAUUUCUUUAUAUGGAUCAGUAUUGGCUAUAGAAAAACUUAGGGAUGGGCACAGGUCGGGUUG